CAGAGAGGUGUGGGGCCGUGAUGCGGUGCGUGUCUGCAGGACAUGUGGGACUGUGAUGGGGCACCCUGAGAGGUGUAUGUGUGGGGGACGCAUUUCCGAAGGAUGUGUGGGGCCGUGAUGGGGGGCACGUGGCCAUGAGCAGUGUGGCACCACGAUGGGGGGCACAUGUUCUUGAGAGGUGUGGGGCGGUGAUGGGCACGUGGCCAUGAUAAUAGCAGUCCCUGGGAGCUGGUGCAGCCAGCAGGAAAAUUCAAAAACCCCAGGCAAUUGUGGUACAUAGUUUUUCUGGGAAAAUAGUCCCCAAGCGUUUUCAAAAGAAGGCACAAAAAAAUCUCAUAUUGGUACUAGCCUAUUCUGAAAACUCUUUUUUCAGAUAUUUUUCACACUCUCCUGAGUGAAUAGAGUGCUUUGCAUUAAAACUCUGAUUUUCAAACCUCUUUCCAGUGGUCACACACUGCAAAGUUUUGUAGUUUAACCCAUAUUAGAUAUAGUUAUGCAUUGAAUGAGAACUGUAAUCAAAAUAUUUGAUUGCCUACUCUUAACUUACCAUCCGUGUGAUUCACUCCCAGUGUUGCCUCUUUCAACCCUCUGUCCUUUGCCAGCUGCAAGUUCUUGCACAGCCAAAGCAACGGCUGCAGAUUGUGCAGGAUUGAGGAGAUUUGGUGCUGUCUGAACUGCAGUAUUAAUUUCUCAGGAGUUCUUGCUGCAGAACCUGAGUCAUGUGAAGUUGAGCAAACAUGAUUAAUACACACAUGACAGUUUAUUACGUGAAGAAAAGAGCCCCUUCAGUUUUAUACAUCUUUUUCUGUUGAAAGACGUUUUUGAAUGAAUGUUUUUCAUGUUAGCGCUACAGAAAUACGUCUAAAAAUAUGCAGUUAACCAAACAGCUGCCACUAAUUUUUAAGAUUUGUAUUGUUUUAUUGUAUUUCAGAAUUAUAAUACUACCAUUCUUUGUGGAAGCUUAGCGUUAAAGAUCUUGUGAAAAAACAAUGUAUGUCAGCUACAGUGAGUUGAACAAUAUAGACUGUUUGCAAAAGAAAUGUCCAUAGAAGUGGUUAAGAAGUGGUUUAAGAAGUAUGUACCAGUUUAUAUUUCCACAACAGCAGCGGUGUGAGUAGGCAUACUUUCUGUUCUCAUGUUUUGCAUAAUCCCCGUGAAGUAGUUCAAACUAAUCGGAUUAAUGCUGCUGUAAGAGAAUCACAGAAAAUAGUGGUAAAUUUUACCUUGAAGGACCACUUGGUCAUUUAUACUGUACAAAGGAAGGAUAGGCUAUACCGAAGCUGUUAGUUUCAAUGACAAAGACUGCCUAGCACCCCUUUUGCCCUGUCAGUGUUCUGCAUAAGGGUGUUUUGGGUUUUUUUUUUUCCUUAAUAUCUCAUACCUUUCUCAUUUAAACCUAUAUAAAAAUGUCCAAAUUGGUCAUAUGUUCUAUUUUAGCAACUCUUAGUAUUUAAAGAUUGAUAGAGCAUUGUAACCUUUAUGGCUUUGUAGACUAUAGGAUGUUAGUGCUUUAGUUUCCUAUUUGAAGUGCAGCAGUGAUCUGCAACUGGUAGAUGACAGGCAACGUGUUGCUUGUACAACCUUCCAGUACUGCAUGCUGUCAUAGAAACCUGUUGCUGUUGUAGGUCAGAUUGGUACGGUGAGCAAAGUGCUUCAUGCUGAAAAUUGUUUGUUUGCUCUUGAGGAUCUUGCAGUGAGAAGGCAGGGCAUAACAGAGCACAUCUUUAAAAAUGAAUUUUGUUUUAAAAAAAUCAUUGAUGGGAAAUACAUAGUCCCAGAAAUAAAUUGUCUCUGUUAGCUACCUCCCUUCGAUUUUUCCACAGUAACUGAAUAAUUACCCUUUUUCCCAAUUCAGUGCUAAGCAGUUUCAGCUAGACAUUCCAAAACUGAUCUUUAGAGCACUAAUGAGUUUAUGAGAGCUAACCAGUUAUUUGAGACAAACUUCAUAUAUUUUUUCUAUCUGAGAAUAUUAGAAGGGGCGAAAUGAUUAGGCUUUGAAGAAGAACUGAUUGUGGUUAAUGGAUGGUGCAUAGUUUUUUCACAUCAAACAUGAAUGUAAAUAAAUGGCCUCUGUUUCCCCAGCAGAGAUGUUCAUUUUAAUAAUUUUACAUGGUCUAGGCAGUGAUUCCCCACAAUAAGAUCUAUCCGUGCUUCUUGUUCAUGGCAGUUAGAGUUGAGGUGAGGUUUGAGUAUUUGGAACAAAAUACUUUUUAAGCAACAGAGAUGCUAUUUUACUGUAGUUGACCAGCACUGAGGUUAAAUAAAUUAUUUAAAUUAUACCUGAACCUAAAUAAAAAUGCAUUUCAAGCUUCCAUGAGAUGUCAGCAGAUCUCUGGAAAUAAUAUUAAGUUUGUGACUGAAGAAAACCUCCUUAAAACCUAAAAAGUGGUAACUAAAGUAGCAUUGAAAAAUGUUGUAUUGAAGUGGAUUUUACAUUUUGCCAAAUAUUUUGCAACUAAAGCACUUAUAAAACAGUAUACAGUGCAUGUUAGCUGAAUACCUAAAAUUAAGUAUAAAAGUUUCCAGCUUUUAUGUUAAAAUCUUCUAAAUUGCUGCUUGGAUAAUACCAAGCGCGGUUAUAUUGAGUUGUUUGGGCAGCGUGACCUUCUUUUGCCUUUGUUCUUCCAUUUCUGGUUCCUCCGAGAGCAUUUGUUUUGGGGCCAAACUCGUAGCGAGACCGCAGCGCUGCAUUCGGCCUUAGUUGAGGAGCUUGCAUGUUUGAAUCCAGCCAUGUGAAGUUUGCCAGUAAAGUUUCCUAGAUGCGUAGAGCUCCAGUUACAGAACUGCUGCUCCUGCCGGGUGAGGAGCUUGGCGCCGGUCGCUGCCCGGGAUCCUCCAACUAGGGCUCUGCGUGCCAAGGCCUUCGGGGCUUUGCUCAGAUUGUGUGCUUGGGUCCUGCCUAAUGCAGGCUGACGGCAUCGACUUCAGCACAAAAGACAGCAGCCGCCGCCACUUUUACGUAACCGGAGGAGAGGUCAGGAAGGCAGAGGGAUAUCUGGUGGUUAGUUUUUUUCUUUGCGAGGCUGAUUUUCUCAGCUACACUCCUCUGUAGCAUUCCUCCUAUCUUCUGCCGUCACUUAUUACAGUCUGCCCUGGUCCCUAGCUGUGACUACCAUCUAUUUAACUUGUUCUCUGGAUGGCAGCAGCAUCUGAAGUGAAGCAAUUCAGACUGAUUUUGGUUGUUCUUGACAGCUGUGUGCCAGUUUUGGUGUGUGCAUGAAACGUACCAUCACUUCCACAGUUUGUUGCUGUAUGGUGGCCAGGGGUUAUCUUGAUGUGAGGAGCUCUGACUUUGCUUCCUGGCAGUCCUCAGCGUCCUUGAGUCAGUGGAGAGUGACAGCAAUGACUGUGUUAUGGGGAGACUUCUCCACUCUAUGCCCUACUGAAGCAACAGACUCUGUAUAACUUCUCUGAAAUUAAAUGUCAGCAGGUCAGCUUUCAUGAGCAACUGCAUUGCAUGCCUCUGUAUAUGUGAGACAGAGGCAGGAACAUAAGAAUUAUGGGAAAGAUUUGGACAUAAGUUUGCUGGAGUGUCAAAGGUGGGUAGAGAACUGUCGAAGGGCAGAUUUAGAAGACAAAACUCCAGAUCAACUCAACAAGCACUAUAGACUGUGUGCUAAACAUUUUGAGACUUCUAUGAUAUGUAGAAGUAGUCCUUACAGAACAGUUUUAAGAGAUAAUGCUGUGCCAACUAUAUUUGAUCUUACAAGUCAUCUGAACAAUCCCCACAGCAGACAUAGAAAAAGGAUAAAAGAGCUGAGUGAAGAUGAAAUAAGAACACUGAAGCAGCAAAAGAUCGAUGAAGCUUUUGAACGGGAACAGGCAACUCAAGAAUUGAAUGAAAGCAAUACACAGAAUACUGUCUCAGAGGAAGGAGGGGAAGAACAAGAGGAGGAAGCUGUUCCCUUAACGCUUGAAGAAAGAGAAAACAAAGAUUACCUUAAAUCUUUGUUUGAAAUUUUGAUCCUAAUGGGUAAACAAAAUAUUCCCUUGGAUGGCCAUAAUGUCGAUGAGCUUCCAGAAGGUAUUUUCACUUCAGAUAACUUUCAGGCUCUGCUGGAAUAUCGAAUAAAUGCUGGAGAUGAAGUUCUGAGGAAACGAUUUGAGAUGACUGCAGUAAAUCUUGAAUAUUGUUCAAAAACUCAGCAGAAGCAAAUGCUUGAAAUCUGUGAAAGCUGCGUUAGAGAAGAGACAUUGAGGGAAGUAAGAGACUCGCACUUCUUUUCUGUUGUAACUGAUGAAGUAGUAGAUAUAGCAGGAGAAGAACAUUUGCCAGUUUUGGUAAGAUUUGUUGAUGAAUCUCAUAAUCUGAGAGAGGAAUUCAUAGGGUUUUUGCCUUAUGAGGCUGAUCCUGAAAUUUUAGCUGUUAAAUUCCACACAACUAUUACUGAAAAGUGGGGUCUAAACAUGGAGUACUGUCGAGGUCAAGCCUACAUUGUCUCCAGUGGGUUUGCUUCUAAAAUGAAAGUUGUAGCUACAAGACUCUUGGAAAAGUAUCCACAAGCUGUGUAUACGCUGUGUUCCUCUUGUGCCUUAAAUGUAUGGCUGGCAAAAUCCAUCCCUGUUGUUGGUGUUUCCAUUGCACUAGGAACAAUCGAAGAAGUCUGCUGUCUUUUUAAUCAGUCUCCACAGUUACUAGUAGAACUGGACAAUACAAUUUCUGUUCUUUUUCAGAACAAUGAGGAGAAAGGCAAUGAGCUGAAGGAGAUCUGCCGUUCUCAGUGGACAGGCAGACAUGAUACUUUUGAGGUUUUAGUGGACCUGCUGCAAGCAUUGGUGCUGUGUUUGGAUGGUGUUAGCAGUGACUCAUCUGUCCGGUGGAGCAACUUUAUUGCUGGUCGAGCAUUUGUACUUUCAAGUGCGUUAACAGAUUUUGACUUCAUUGUCACUAUUGUAAUUCUGAAAAACAUUCUAUCUUUUACAAGAGCAUUCGGAAAAAAUCUCCAAGGACAAACAUCAGAUGUGUUCUUUGCAGCUAGCAGCUUAACAGCAGUCUUGCAUUCACUGAAUGAAGUGAUGGAAAAUAUUGAAGUUUACCAUGAAUUUUGGUUUGAGGAAGCAACAAAUUUGGCUACAAAACUGGAUGUACAAAUUAAACUUCCUGGAAAAUUUCGCAGGGCACAACAGGGUAACUUAGACUCUGAGGUAACUUCCGAAAAUUACUACAAGGAAAUCCUUAGUGUCCCCGCAGUGGAGCACAUUAUUCAAGAAUUAAAAGAUAUAUUCUCAGAACAACAUUUAAAAGCUCUCAAAUGUUUAUCGUUAGUGCCCUCAGUCAUGGGGCAGCUCAAAUUCAAUACAUCUGAAGAGCAUCAUGCUGAUAUGUACAAAAAUGACUUGCCUAAUCCGGACACGCUUUCUGCUGAGCUUCAUUGUUGGAGAAUCAAGUGGAAGCACAGAGGAAAAGACAUUGAGCUUCCAGCUACUAUUUACGAAGCACUUCAUUUGCCUGACAUAAAAUUUUUCCCUAAUGUAUAUGCAUUGCUCAAAGUCUUGUGCAUCCUUCCAGUGAUGAAGGUGGAGAAUGAGAAAUAUGAAGUAGGACGAAAGCGCUUAAAGGCAUACCUGAAAAACACCUUGACAGAACAAAGGUCAAGCAACCUAGCUCUGCUCAACAUAAACUUUGAUAUAAAACAUGACUUAGAUUUAAUGGUGGACACCUACAUUAAACUCUAUCCAGAUAAAGUGGAAUUUCAGGAAGACUUUCUUCCCUCAAAUAACUCUGAAGUAACAGAAGAAGCUUAAUUUUUUUAAGCUCUAACCAGUCUGUUGAAACAGCUUUUUCCUAGUUAAACUUCAAGGUUGAGAGGAAAAGUUGUGAAGUCUCAAAAAUCACUGCAAUGGUAUUUCCAUUUUAGGUCUCAGAUUGAAGAAGCAAUGGUCAGUGACCCAAGUUAUGUUUUGUUUAAUCUGCAUUAAAUAUGUUAUGUGAACAAAAACAAGCCUGAAAAUAAACCUGUGUUCUUAGCAAAGAUGGUGCUUUCUCCAUCUGAUUGACUUAACUAGGUGCUCGUUUACUUUGUUGCAUCAUGGAAAAAGUACAUUGUGGUGAUUGUAGAUCAAAUGGGGCUGUUACAUAUUCACUCAUGAAUAAGGAUAAGAAAAAACUCACAAUGUUAAAAGGAGAGUAUAAUCCAUUUCAGUCUAGUUACUUAGAAUUUUUCUCUUUUUGAAAACUUAAAAAAGAUCUUUAACUGGCAUAUAUUGGCAUUUUGGAGAGUGGAAUCAGCUAUUGCACGAUCCUUGUGCUGUGGACUGUUCUCUAUACAAAGUAAAAAUUAAUGAUUUAGAGGUACGAUAAGGUUUCAUUGGAAGAGUCAGCCUCUUUAAUCACUUGAUGACUGUUUACAUUCCUUUGUGUGAGACACACAACUGUGUUUUUUUUCCUUCCUUUAGGUUUUUAACAGGUAUGGCAGGAAUACUGAAAUUCCUAGAAGACACUAAAAAUUAAGUUUAUUCCAUGACAUUUAAAUCCGUUUGUUCUAUCCUGUCUCUGAUACAAAAUUGUGCAUUUUAUUGUCUGUUUAUUUGUAAACUCACCCAGGAAAGAUUACAAAGAAGAGUUUGUUGUUUGUCUAGAAGUAAGAUUGAAAAUACUGCUGUUAUUUUUGGCAAAAAUAAAACAUUUUGUACAGUUUAUUGCAAUUUAAAAUAAAAUGUGAAUUUGCUUUUUA